AUGCCUGCCUCCCUUCCUACGCGCCCCUUGGGUCACAACGGACCCCUAAUCCCCGCCAUUGGCCUUGGUCUUAUGGGAUUGAGUACUUUCUACGGAACUCCACCCUCAGAUGAAGAACGCUUCGAGUUCCUUGACCGAGCUUACGAGCUUGGUUGUACACAUUGGGACUCGGCUGCCAUGUACGGUGAUAACGAAGUCUUGUUGGGCAAAUGGUUUCAAAGAACUGGAAAACGCAAGGAUAUCUUCCUAACCACUAAGUUUGGGAACCAUGUGACUCCAGAAGGAGGUCGUGAAAUCCGUAACGAUGCGGAGUAUAUCCGACAGUCCGUUGCAGACAGCUUGAAAAAGCUACAAACAAACUAUAUUGACUUACUGUACUGCCAUCGCUUUAAUGGUCAGAUACCAGUCGAAGACAUAAUCACAGUUAUGAAAGAAUUUGUUGAUGCUGGCAAGGUCAAAUAUCUAGGCCUCAGUGAAUGUGGCGUCGACACGCUGCAACGCGCCGUCAAGAUCCAUCCUAUCCACGCAUACCAAAUUGAGUACAGCCCAUUUUCCAUGGACAUCGAAAAGCCUGAAGUCGGACUGCUGGAUGCCUGUCGUGAGCUGGGCAUUGCGACUGUUGCCUACUCACCAUUGGGUCGUGGCAUGCUUACGGGCCAAUACAAGUCGGUCAGUGACUUUGGUGAAGGCGAUUUCCGCCGUACAAUUCCCCGUUUCUCAACACAAGAGAAUCUCGACAAGAAUCUAGAGCUUGUGUAUACCUUGCAGAGGAUUGCCGAUAAGAAGAACUGUACUUCGGGCCAGCUGACGCUUGCGUGGAUGAUCAGCCAGGGAAAAGACAUUUUCCCCAUUCCUGGCACCAAAAAGAUCAAGUACUUGGAAGAGAACAUUGGGGCUUACAAAGUAUCGUUGUCAGAGGAGGAGGUUGAGCAGAUCCGAGAGGCUAUCGAGAAGGCUGAAGUUGUUGGGACUAGAGUGGCUGGUCAUUUGAUGAAAGAUCUUGUCGUUGACACGCCGCCUCUCAGUCAGCAGCCAAUUACUAUUGCUGUGUAG